AUGUCGGAUUUCAUCUGCCCCUUUGACGCUCCCGGGCUUGACGUCUCUGGCGAUGCCUGCACAGGUCUGCGGAUUAUGCAGAAGACGACCCUAGUCACUCCUGGUUUGCGUUUUCUUGGGACUCGUGAGUUUCUUCGGCCCAUGACGGCCCCUCCUGUUCUGAAGAGCUCUAAGUUCGACCCACCUUACAAGGGGUCACGUGGUGACUUUGAGUGGUACUCAUACGCCCAGGUGUACAAGAUGACCGUCGAGUUGGCCCUUGGUCUUCAGGCUCUGGGCAUUACCAAAGGAAGUAAGGUUGGUGUUAUAUCCACUAACCGUGUAGAGUGGGUUGUGCUGGAUCUUGCGUGCAUUGCGCUAGGCGCAGUACUUGUCCCGAUUUAUGAUACGCAGAGCACAGAGGAAGUUAUACUGGUGGCAAAUGACUCUCAGAUUUCCAUUCUCUUUGUAGCCCCAGAUAGGCUUCCAAAGUGGGCUGACGCUGCUUCAAGGUGUCCUUCGGUUAAGGCGGUCAUUAUCUUCGAUGACCGUUUGGAUGAUAGGGCGCUUGUGUCGGACUACUAUUCCCAGUUUGCUAACUCAUUCUCGUGUCCGGACGGUAAAACAGUAAGCCUCGCUAUGCCAACGCACACCUCUACUGUUCCGCGCCGCAUGGAGGAAUUCGACGAGGGAGACCGUAAAUAUGGAUGCCACAAUCCUCGACGACGUACACCAGAAGAGCAGAAUGCCGUGGAGGGCACAAAGUCUCGCUAUUCGCGCAUUAUCAGUACGGCUUGUGACACUGCUAGCGGUAGCCAUGGGGCACAUUUCUACCUACCGGACAAGAAGGACAUUCCUCAUUUGGGACACCAAUUGUUCACUAUGGACAAAGGGAAAUAUGGGCAGCCUGAAACCGUGCAACAACUCAUGAAGCUUGUCUCGGGGACCUACCACCAGGUUACUACCCUCGGGAGGGAGACUGAUAGAUACAAGGCUAUGUUUUCAAAGUAUGCACAGAGCUCGGCCACCGGUCUUGCUGGAUACUCCUACCUGUAUUCAGAUGACUUCCCAAUCACUAGCUUCCCCUCACUGGACCUGGAGGUCUCGCAGCGUGACGACUUGAUGACUCUUAUAUAUACGUCUGGAACAACUGGGAAUCCAAAGGGCGUAAAGCUAAGCCACGGGAAUGUGAUGCACACCGCUAUCUCCAUGCAGUGCUCACGCCUUCUUCCGCUUCAAGGCCAACAGCAUUACACUCUCUCCUUUCUUCCAAAUGCUCAUAUAUUUAUGCGUGUAAUCAAUUUUGUGUCCAUCCACUCCGGUGCCUGUAUGGGAUUUUGGCAAGGAGAUAUCAAAAUGCUGGUUGAAGACGUCCAAAUGCUUUGCCCCACCUUCUUCGUUGCUGUGCCUCGCGUUCUGAACAAGCUAUUUGAUGGAAUCAUGGCCAAGGUCAGCGCCCUCUCGAGUUUCAAGCGCUUUGUUUUCUUUGCAGCCUAUGGCUCUCGCCGUAAGGCUCUUCUUGCUGGGAGGCCGUGGCCUGGGCUUACUAAUAAGAUAUUCUCUUCUACGAAAGCUCUUUUGGGGGGCCGCUGCUCUCUUUGCGUGACAGGGUCUGCUCCUCUUUCACAGAAAGUUGGCGAGUUCCUACGCAUCGCAUGUGACAUGGAGGUCUUUGAAGGCUGGGGAAUGUCUGAGACAGCGGCACAUGGUGUGGUGCAGCCAACGUCUACGUUACACUGGGGAACUGUCGGUGUGACCCUGGAUAGUUCCACUAAGAUACGCCUUACCUCUGUCCCUGACAUGGACUAUCUCGUGACGGACAAGCCAAACCCGCGCGGAGAGGUCUGGAUCAAGGGGCCCUCGGUCUUCAGUGGCUACUACAACGACGACGCCAAGACCAAGGAGACGCUCACCGAGGACGGCUGGUUCAUGACGGGAGACAUAGGGGAAUACGAUAGGUCUCUUGGAGAACUGCGUCUGAUUGACCGUAAGCGUGGAAUCUUUAAGCUUGCUCAAGGGGAGUACAUCUCCGCCACCACAAUCGAGAACGCUAUCAGCCGCUGCAAAUACGUUGAGCAGUGCAUCAUGCAUGGCUCACGUUUCGAGAGCUGCGUGCUCUGUGUGGUCGUUCUCAAUGUUGACAUGUGUCAAAAAGAGCUUGGCCACGCAAUACCAAAAGAUGUAGAGGGAAAGCUUGAGAUAACCCUUCAAGACCCGAGUGCGUAUCCCAGGUUGAAGGACUUGUUCAUGCAGGUCCUUCAGGCCAUCCAGAAAACCUGCAAGGAAAAUUCUUUGAGAUCUUUUGAGAUCCCUAAGGCGUUGGUUGUUGAGGGAGAUCCGUGGACUCCAGAGAACGGAUGCCUGACCCCUGCCAUGAAGGUCAAGAAGAUCAACGUCCUCAAGCGCCACGAAACGACUCUAACUGAUAUCUAUCGUCGCAUCAAUCAUGCCGGACUUCAGAAUGUCACUCCGCAAGGGGCUGUCGAGCUCUAUCUCGACAGCUUAGUCUCUGGACCCAUGUCUGACACUGCUAGCAGUGGCUUCUCCGGCUUUUCUGGAUUUUCUAGACCAUCUAGUAAGUAG